CUGUGGGCCGGCCAGCUCCUGCGGAAGGGACAAGAUGGCGGCUCAGGCGUUGGCGCUGUUGAGGGAGGUGUCGCGGCUGGAAGCGCCGCUGGAGGAGCUGCGUGCGCUUCAGUCGGCGCUACAGGCCGUGCCGCCCAGCGAUCUCCGCGAGCAAGUGGCGGAACUGCACCUUGGCCCGCUUUUCUCUCUGCUCAACCAGAACCAUCGGGAACAGACUGCCUUAUGUGUAUCCAUUCUGGAGAGAUUGCUCCAAGCUAUGGAGCCAGUUCAUGUGGCACGGAAUCUCACAGUUGACCUGGAGACAGGACUGACUCACCCUGAUGAUUCUGUAAAAAUCCUCACUCUGUCCCAGGUUGGAAGAAUUGUUGAAAAUUCUGAUGCUGUUACUGAGAUUCUAAAUAAUUCUGAGUUACUAAAACAAAUCAUUUACUGUAUUGGUGGCGAUAAUCUAUCUGUAGCUAAAGCGGCCAUCAAAUCCUUGUCAAGAAUCUCACUUACCCAAGCUGGACUAGAGGCUUUAUUUGAAAACAAUUUGCUGGAUGAUAUGAAAAGUGUAAUGAAAACAAAUGACAUUGUUCGAUACAGAGUAUAUGAGCUAAUUGUAGAGAUUUCUUCUAUGUCACCAGAAUCCUUAAACUACUGUACUACCAGUGGAUUGGUAACCCAGCUCCUCAGAGAGCUGACGGGUGAGGAUGUGCUGGUCAGAGCCACCUGUAUAGAAAUGGUGACAUCACUGGCAUAUACUCAUCAUGGACGACAGUACCUUGCUCAAGAAGGAGUAAUUGACCAGAUUUCUAACCUAAUUGUUGGGGCAGAUUCAGACCCUUUCUCUAGCUUCUAUUUGCCAGGGUUUGUGAAGUUUUUUGGAAACUUGGCUAUAAUGGAUAGUCCUCAACAGAUCUGUGAGCGUUAUCCUGUCUUUGUGGAAAAGGUCUUUGAAAUGACAGAAAGUCAAGACCCCACCAUGAUUGGUGUAGCAGUGGACACAGUUGGAAUCCUGGGAUCCAGUGUUGAAGGAAAACAGGUUUUACAGAAAACAGGAACUCGCUUUGAACGUUUGCUCACAAGAAUAGGACAUCAAGCAAAGAAUGCCUCAACAGAGCUAAAACUCAGGUGUCUGGAUGCAAUUUCAUCUCUUCUAUAUUUACCGCCUGAGGAGCAAACUGAUGACCUUCUGAGGAUGACAGAAUCCUGGUUUUCCUUUUUAUCGCGGGAACCACUGGAACUCUUUCGUGGCAUCAGUAAUCAACCCUUCCCUGAACUACACUGUGCUGCCUUAAAAGUGUUCACGGCCAUUGCAAACCAACCCUGGGCUCAGCAACUUAUGUUUAACAGUCCAGGUUUUGUAGAAUAUGUGAUGGACCGGUCCGUGGAACAUGACAAAGCUUCAAAAGAUGCCAAGUAUGAACUAGUAAAAGCACUUGCCAAUUCCAAGACAAUUGCAGAAAUCUUUGGGAACCCAAAUUAUUUGAGGCUGAGGACUUACCUGAGUGAAGGUCCAUACUAUGUGAAGCCUAUUUCCAUGACAGCAGUGGAAGGAGCUGAAUAAUUCAUUCUUGAGUCUAAUAUAGAGGACCAUUUUUUGACCCGAACUUCUCCAGACGGAUUUGACUCCAUCUGUAUGAUACAAAACCGAGACUUUCCUCCCUCCAGAAUUACCAUGGAGUAUCUAAUGUGACUUUAUCACCAACAUUUGUUGUUUCUCUACAUUGAUACAUGGUAUGGAACCAGGAGUUUUGGUGUACAUUGAAAGCAGGAAAAUGUGGUCUUAACUAAACCAUGUAUUUUUCAGAUUCCUUUGAUUGCCUUAAUCUUUGCAACAAAACAGUAACUAUAUGGUUCUCCUCCCUGAAAACUUCAUGGACAUACACACUGUCUUAUUCAAAAUUUGCUUUAAAUAGAAUGGAACUAAAUUAUUUUUUAGUUCUUUUCACCACUUUUUUUUUUCCCCCUUUUUUGGUGCUUUUUUCCCUUUCAGUCCACUUUCAAAGACUUGGAUUUAAGUAUGCUUUGAAAAACAAGUAUUCUGGAAUCUUAAAAUUAUGUUCUGUAUA